AUGACGACAGUCAAUCCAAGGAUUGAUUUGGUGACGAAGAACUCGUGGGCGGAGACGCUGUCUAACCGCACGUUGGUACUCAAUUGCUUAUCAAGUCGUGAUGCUCAUACAACAGAUAAACUGGAAGAUGAAGUUACUGCUCACGCAUUUGACGCUGCUGUGGUGAAGUUGAGAAAGGUUGAGUGGACGUCUGACUUUGCUAAGGCGAUGGCGGCAUGA